AAUGAUGCGAAUGAUGCGAAUGAUACGAAGACUUUAUUCAAUAUUUCAACAAAAAAUUAUCUAUAUAAUUGUUAUAAUGUUGCAGGAGAGUUGGUUGAUGAAUUGUGUCUAGAUGAUUAUGAAAUCAAUGGUGAAGAAAUGCCACCACCACCCCCUUAUAGUGAAAAGGAUGAUGAGAAUUUAAUUGCAUUAAAAGAAUUAUUACCCUCUCCUUAUAAUGAAUAUGAAACAAGGGAAGAAUAAUGUGGAAGAUGACGAUCCAUCAUGGUACAAAACUUUCAAAAAAAUCAUUAAAGAAGUAGAAAAUAUAGUUGAUAAGGCUGCUAAAGCUCAUCAAGCAGCUGUUGAAAAUGAAAAAAAGAGAAGAUUAUCCAGUAAUCCAAGUAAACCUAAAUUAUCUGAAGAAGAUAGGGAACAAAUGAACGCAUUAUUCGAGACUUGAUAGAAAAGAGUUUUAUACUCCUAAAUUUUCUUUGUAUUUUUUCUUUAGAAUUUUUAUUUUUAUUUUUAUUUCAUAGAAGACAUUUUUCUUUUGUGAUCUAUAUUGUAAAUAAUGUCACGCAAAUACCACACGUUUGUAAA